AGAUAUGCAAACGGCCUGCAACAUCUGUCUCCAGACAUGUGGGCUUCUUCCCUUCAGAGAGGCGAAAACAAUACACGCGACGAGCUUACUUAUGUACCGAUCACAAUAGGCGAUAUUUAUUGUGACCGGCCCACUGACAGUCGAAAGGUACAGAGGGCUGCAGGUACAGAGAGCUUUUCCUAUAGCAAUAGGGACAACAAAUCCCAUUUCACUGUUUUUCUUACGCGAAUCCAGUUUUUCAGAAUCCGCCGCUAUGACAUCGAUGAACGUGAACUUGUUCUUCCUUUACUUCCUGCUGAUAAAUUUCUAUUUUGCUGUAUUAAGCAACGUUAUAAAGCAUAGUCUACAACCAAAUCCCUCAGAUGAAGCACCAAGACAGCUGAGCAGAGACCACAGGCGGCCCUUCUACGUCAUUGGACACAUGGUGAAUUCACUGGAAGAGGUGGACGACUUUGUUGAGGGCGGGGCCAACGCCCUCGAGGCUGACAUCGAGUUUGCGGACGAUGGCACCGUGCAGGGCACGUUCCACGGCGCCCCGUGCGAUUGCUUCCGCGGCUGCUUUAAGCGUGAGAGCAUCGUGGACUACCUGGAGUACAUUCGAGACGCAACUGGCUACGACGACUCAAGAUACAAAAACAAGUUGAAUCUACUGCUUCUGGACUUGAAGACAGCCAAGCUAGGGCAAUCAGCAAAAAAGAAAGCAGGUUUAACGCUGGCGAUGAAUCUCUGGGAACACCUGUGGGAAGGCGUCAAUCCGAAGAACAUGGUGAACGUCCUGCUUUCCAUUGGGUACGUGAAUGACAAGAGAGUCUUAAAAAGCGUUUUAGCAUAUUUCAACAGGAAAGGAAGGAGACACGUCUUGGACAAAAUAGGUUUCGACGUGGGCAUGAACGACCCACUGGAAAAGAUUGCGGUCAUGUACAAGCAGCUGGGCAUCAAGCGUCAUCGGUGGCAGGGCGACGGUCUCUCCAACUGCGUGCGCUUCCUGGUGCCUGUUGACAGACUGCUACAGGCGGUCAAGGCACGCGACAGUCACAAAGGGUACAUGGACAAGGUGUACCACUGGACCGUCGACCUGCCGCACUUCAUUAGGAAAAGUGUCGACCACGGCGUUGACGGGAUCAUCACGAACCGCCCGGACAACGUGCUGUACGUACUCAACAGCGAGCCCUACAGGGACCACCUCAGAGUGGCGGACGUCAAGGACAGUCCCUGGACGCGGUACGACGAGGAGAUGGCGAGAAACGAUACGGACCACACCACAGAAGUCCUUGGCGGAGAGGACGAGGGAAAAGGCAACAAAACCCUCUCUUGGUUGAAGCCUUCCCAGAUAACUUCGUUAUGGACACACUAGAAGUCGGCGCCGUACUUGUGAUCUUUAUGACGGACUUAAGAGUUGGCGUCGUUGAUGAGUGUCGUGGGUGCAGUUUCAGACGCUUAAUGACUCGCUGUGAGACGUCGGCGUGCAUUGUACGGUACGAGAUGAUGACGACAAGAGGCCUGCGUUUUGGUUGUGCAACAAGCGUGUAUAGUUAGAAUGAAUAUAAAAGUUUCAAUGAAUAUGAAACAACCUCUA